CUUGGCCUUCACUUCAAUGUUCGAACUCAAUCAACAAUGUGAACAGCAUAACUUCUCAAUUGAAUACUGACAAUUGAUUUGCCAUAAUGUCCAUCAAAGCAGCUUCCACACUCCGCCGAGCUCUACUUUACGUCCCCUCUUCCUCCCCCAAAUUCCUCCAAAAAUCCCUCACACUCCCCUUCCCUCUCGAUACCAUAACCUACGACCUCGAAGACUCCGUCUCCCCCGCAAACAAAGCCCCCGCCCGACACUCCCUCCUAACCCACCUCUCACAACCCCGACCCCCCACCUCCCACAUCCGCGAGCUCUCCGUCCGCAUAAACGACGUCUCCACGGGCCUCGCCCUCGCCGACCUAACUGCCGUCCUACAAGCCCCCCACCUCGACGCCCUCGUCGUCCCCAAAGUAAACAAAGCCUCGGACCUCACAUUCGUAACCGACGUUUUACGACACCAACUUCCGGGCCGACACUCUUCUUCUUCUACGAACCCCGUGAAGAUUAUCGCGUUGAUCGAGUCCGCGGAGGCUAUUACGAAUCUGAAUGAGAUAUGUAAAGCGAGUCCCUACCUCGACGGCCUGAUUUUCGCCGCUGAGGACUUUGCGCUCGAUUUAUCACUCACGCGAACCCCGUCACUGACAGAAUUCCUCUACGCGCGCUCAGCGAUCAGCACCGCGGCCCGGGCUCACGAUCUCGGGUCCACGAUCGAUUUAGUAUGUACGUCGUUUAGAGGCGAGGAGGGAAAGAGGGUGUUGGAAGAAGAGUGUGUGGGAGGUAGGGGAUUGGGGUUUAAUGGGAAGCAGUGUAUUCAUCCGUCGCAGGUGGAGGUUGUGCAGGGUGCGUUUGCGCCGGGGGAGAAGGAGGUGGAGUGGAGUGUGAGGGUUGUUGUUGGGGAUGAGAAGGCGGAGAAUGCUGGGAGGGGGGCGUGGACGUUGGAGGGGAAGAUGAUUGAUAAGCCUGUGGUGGGGAAAGCGAGAGCUGUUGUUAGGAGGGCGGAGCUGUGUGGAUUUGAUGUUAAGGGUAUGAGGGAGAAAUGGAAGGAUCAGGAGCCUGAGUGAGAGGUGGCUUUUGUAAGGCGAGGUCUGAUAUACCAUGAGCUAUGUCGUUAUUGAAUAGACUAAGUACAUGAAUAAUGAUCUGAAU